AUGUUAAACACCACCUCAAUUCUUUCUAGACAGUAUACUCCUGAAAUUAGUAGAUCUCCAUCUGAAGCUAGCAGCACUUCAACUAGAAGCACUUUAGUCCUCUUCAACCAAACUAAUUCUGAAGUUGGUAGCACCUCAUUUGAAGUUAACAAUAUUCCUAACCAACAAACUUCUGAAACUACAGAUUCUAUUUCUUUUUCACAAACCUAUGAAUUUGAAUCAACUUCUGAUUUAUAUAAAGAACAGUCUCUAUACCAGACGAGUACAUUUCUAGAUACAAUAAAUCAACCAUUUACUUUUA